GGGACUUGUUCACUUUUGCUCAAGAGGAUUCAUUCGUAAUAUCAUUAGCGGUCUACGACCAGCUUGACUCAGAAAACCACAACCUUCGGCAUGAUUACCCCAAGUUCGAAAUCGCAGAACGCGUGAAACUACGCGUUCUGCCACAUAUAUUUCACUUCCGAAUGGCUGUACUGGUUAGCAAAACCAUGGGGGCGAUGAAUGAGACACACAAACCUGUGUACCCUCUCUUCGAAAAGCCUUCAAAAUCAGUCCAACCACAGUCAAAGAAUGGCGUCUCUCCUAUUGAACAAACAAACCCCGAGGUUCUUUCCCAACCCGACCUGCCCUCGAAGAAGGCCACGAGUGGAGGAAACGAGAAGACGAGGAAGGCCGCGAUAGCGGAAACUUCAAACCCUGCGGUAUUAUCGAAGUCAUCCGCCAUUAGCCAUCCGGACACAGAGAAUACAGGAUUUCUCGAAGUCGAUCCGAACCAUGCCCGACGGAAACGACGGAAAACUGCUUCUCCCGAAAGCAAAGAGCUACCGGAAGGCGAUGAAGAGAGGACGCGUGUUUCGAGCCCGAUUUCCUCACCUACUGCUAAGCCACCAAAUAAUGUCGCAUCAGAAAUAGAGCAGGUUCCUGAGAUUUGCACAAAGAGCCCGCCGAAUGUAGUUGCUAUCUCAACAGCAACAUCAGAUGAACCGGGGCAAGGUGGAGAUGGUGGCACUGCAUCCAGCUCCAAAGACGGAUCAAAUGUCAUCAAUACUUUGCCACGCGCUGAACAAAGCAAGCCGAAGAAGAUAUUGCGUUUUAAUCCAAAGACUGGCACUAUCGGGUCACCUCCUUCCAAGAAAAGGAGCUCACUGAUUGAAGAUGCCAGUAAGCCAACUCAAUCACGUCGUGGGAAACAACCUAAGUCGAGAAUUGUGACAAUCUACUAUGGUCAUGAUAGGGACCUACCCCCGGAAGUCGGGCUGAAAAUCGCCCAAAUACUUCAGGGUAACAAAGUGGCCGCUUCAUGUGCGAAGAAUAUCUCCAUUCUUGAUUACGAACAGCCAAAGAGCAUGAAGGUUAUUGGCACAAAUCCAGCCGUACCCCCACAUCCCUUUUUCCUGGGUAAAGCAGCCAUGAAACCCCCAGUCGUACAGAAGGCCGUUCAGUCGUCUCCAAACGUAGAGAUCGAACGACCAAAAGAAUCCAAGACCAUAAGUCUUGCAAGAACGGGAUCUCCAAAAAGGUCCUCCUCUUCGAAACCGACUUCAUCUGCGUUUACUGGUUUUGCUGGGUUCGGGAAUACUGCCAAAAUCUUGAAGUUCCCAGGUGCGAUUGAACCAGCUUGGCCAUGGAAAGGAAUGACCCACAUCCGUGGGAAUGAUGAAACUCUACACACCAUGCAUUUACCAAUCAACGGAUUCUCAGGUUUGCCGUCCAGAACGAGAAAGUCGAAAUACCAAGCGGUGGAAGUAUUGGCCAACGAGGACGUGAUCGGAUUGUUGGCCACUGAGCUGUGCAUGGGUCAGAUAGUGAAGAGCAUCAAAGAUAUCAAUAUUGAUGAACACCCUCCACUCCCCUCUUGCCUCCGAACCCCAGUCAAACGUUUUGAAGCGGGUCCGAAACUUCAGGAACGCGUACGAAAGGAACUGGUCACUCCAUUACCACCUGCGAAUGCCGCAAAAGAUGAUAGCUCCAGCGAGGAUGAAAUCCAGGGAAAUAUCUCUAGGCGUGUACGUUCUCAUCCAGCGCUGACAAAGAUCUACAACGCAAUCGCUACUUCAUUAUCCGCUUUCGAUCAAUCUCGAUGCGAAUCUCAAACAUGGAUUCACAAGUAUGCGCCCGGGGCUGCGGCAGAGGUCUUACAGACUGGUCGGGAGGCGGAGAUAUUGAAAGAGUGGCUGCAAAAACUGACUGUGAUGUCUGUCGAAACAAGCUCGGGUGAUGGUUCUAACAGUCGUGGUUCACCUGUUCCACGACGACCAGCAGGUUCAAAGCCUGAUCCCUCCACAAAAAGAAAACGGAAAGCAAAGAAAUUAGACGGCUUUGUGGUGUCAAGCGAUGAAGAGGACAACGAUAUGGAUGAGAUAUCAGAGCCUGAGGAAGAUGCAUUUCUUUCUGGAAGUCAAGGACCACUGAAAAGAACCGUCGUUAGGGUUGGAGAUGCAUCUGCCAAAGGAUCUACCCGGCUCACCAAUGCAGUCGUUCUGAGUGGACCUCAUGGAUGUGGUAAAACCGCGGCAGUAUAUGCGGUGGCUAAAGAACUCGGUUUCGAGGUUUUCGAAAUCAAUUCUAGCAGCAGGCGGAGUGGAAAAGACAUCCUCGAGAAAGUUGGCGAUAUGACUCGUAAUCACCUCGUCCAGAUAUCGCAAAAUCAGGCACCAACAGAGGCAGUUGAUGAGGAUGCCAAACGCAUCUCAGAUGCCCUAGAGAAUGAUCUCAAAAGUGGCCGGCAAGGGACAAUGAACUCGUUCUUCAAGCCGAGAGGAUCCACGAAAGCUAUAUCUAAACCAAAGAAACCGGAUACCACCGCGAAGGAAACCAAAGCCGGCAAGUCCAACGUUCCUCCAAAAGCUCAUCCCAAACAACAGAAGCAAUCGUUGAUCUUGUUCGAAGAAGUCGACGUACUUUACGAGGAGGAUAAACAAUUCUGGGCUACAGUUAUGACUAUGAUUAUUCAGUCCAAACGGCCAAUCGUCAUGACCUGCACUGACGAAUCUUCGGUGCCACUCUCGUCUCUCUCGCUGCACGCCAUCCUCCGUUUCACAAGUCCGCCUAUUGAUCUUGCUACCGACUACAUGCUCUUGGUAGCUGCCAAUGAGGGUCAUGUUAUUCGCCGUGAUGCUGUGAAGUCUUUAUAUGAGAGUCGGCAUCUGGAUCUACGAGCUUCGUUGAUGGAACUCAAUUUCUGGUGUCAAUUUGCCGUCGGAGACUUCAGAGGUGGAUUGGAUUGGUUUUAUUCUCGUUGGCCUUCUGGCAGUGAUGUUGAUGAGCAUGGAAAUACAAUUCGUGUGGUCAGCGAGGAUACAUAUCAGACGGGCAUGGGCUGGCUAUCUCAGGAUUUUCUUGAGAGCCAUUUGCCCUAUCUGGAUAUUGAGGAAGAGACUCUACAUGAAGCCUGGGAUGGGUGGCAACUGGAUGUCGGGGAUUGGCAGAAAACUCUUGAUAUACCUACAUGGGCUCGCAAAACGCAAUCUCUGUCAAAGGGAAAAAGAGACGAUCUGGCUGCAUUGAGCAUCUAUGCCGAUUUUUCUGAUGAAAUGAGUGCCGCCGACUUGUGUUCCAGCGGGGCAUUUGCGUCAGAUAGCAAGACUCCGCUUGAUGUCAACCCGCCAGAACUAUCCCCCAAAGCCCGAGAAGACUAUAUACUUUCCCAUGAGGUCCUCGAAGCCGCUCCAGUAGUCAGGUUCGAGAACCUUGGCAAAGAUAUUUCCUUGUGGAUGAGGUCCCGAGCCAGGAAAUACCUCCAAGUUGAUCAGCACAUCAAGCACGGCCUCGAAAUCCCAACGGAGCUUGACCGUCCGUCUGAAGCAAGAGUAAUCGAACUCAUCAGAAACCAAUCUUCCUCUCCCGAAUCUUCUCUAUCUCGCAAAGAUUUCAGCCUGGCGUUCGACCCCAUCUCUGAACCGGAGAAAUCAUCGUUAAACACCACCGGCACAUUAGAAGCAUCCGUGUUUGACCGGACCAUGGAAAUCAUCGCUACCGACAUGGCUCCUUACGUGAGAUCUAUCGUCGCAUAUGAUGUGCGACUGCAACAGGAUCGAGCGCGGCUAAGUAAUUUGCUUAGCGAGGGUGGAAGGAGGGGAAAGAGGAUGAGGACUACAAGGUCUGCUAUGUCGGCACUGGAGGGCGGGGCAAGAAGCACGACGCGGAGAGAUAGGUACUUUGGGCCGGGUUUGAAUCCGCACUUUGUUCUGCAUACCGGAAUGCAGAGCUGGACUGAUGCCGCACUGGCUGAGACAAAAGGUGCGGGCAGUAAGGCCGGGAGAGAUGUGAGCACGGAAGGUAAAGAGACUGACACCGGAGUGGAUGAGUUGAUGGGAAGUAGCUAGUGAGGGACAAAAAUCGAGCAUCUCUUGAGCAUCAUCUCGCGAAGGGGAAGAUACCCCACGUUCCAAUUAUGCGAACAGAAGUUGCCAUUACUAAAAGACAUAAAUCUCAGACUCGGAGCAUGAAGCUCACAGCAUAGUAUGAAAUCAAUCACGAUCUUUGCUUUUACCCGC